GCCUCCGGCUUGAGCCAGCGCAUCCAGACGGGUACCUCCGAGCGCCCAUUCUCCUCCUCGCUGUUAAUCCGAACAGGUCCUCCCGAGGCUGCGGCGGCUGAGUGACGCCGGGUUCCUGCGCAGAAGGUGCGGAAUCAGCACGAGCCGCGCCCACGUGGCUGGCCGAGCGAGCGGACGCUCGGCUGGAGGGAAGGAGGCCGGGCGCGCCAUGGCCCAGCGGCGCCGGGAGGAAGCCGGCAUGGCCCCUGCCUUUCUCUUCACUCGGCGGCUGCAGCUGCCACUCCUGCUGCCGUUGUUCUGGGCGUCCCUGGGAGCCGGGACCAAGAUAAUCACAGUGCUGGCCCCAGCCCAGGUGUCUGGUUUCCUGGGAGAAACUGUGACCCUGCCAUGUAAACUGCACCCCCUGGAACACAAUGUGACGGUAACACAAGUGACCUGGACAAAGCAGAGCCGGGCAGAGCACGCCCGCAGCGUGGCGGUCUUCCACCCCGCCCAGGGCCCCAGCUUCCACGAAUCCAGCCGGUUGGAAUUCUUGGCCGCCAAGCCCGGUGAGAAGCUGCGGGACGCCUCACUGGCUGUGCGGGAGUUGCUCGUGGAAGAUGAGGGUAAUUACACCUGCCAGUUCGCCACGUUCCCUAAUGGUGACAAGAGCGCUCGAAUCCAGCUCCGUGUGCUCGCCCGGCCCCAGAACAAGGCUGAGACCCUGGACAUCCCGCUCAGCCCAAACCCUGUGCCGGCGGCCCGCUGCGUCUCCACAGGAGGUCACCCACCUGCCCGCAUCUCCUGGUCCUCAGAUGAAAAGACCAAUACCACGCAGGUGCCGGGGCCCCUGCCCGGCACUGUCACCGUCAUCAGCCUCUUAAUCUUAACACCUUCCAGCCAGGUGGAUGGCAGGAAUGUCACCUGCAGAGUGGAGCACGAGAGCUUUGAGGAGCCCAUGGUGCUCCCCAUGACCUUGGCUGUGUCCUACCCCCCCGAGGUCUCCAUAUCCGGCUAUGAUGACAACUGGUACAUCGGCCGUAGAGAUGUUGCCCUGAACUGUGACGUCCACAGCAAACCAGAGCCCACGGGCUACAACUGGACCACGACCAAGGGAACCCUGCCAUCCUUUGCUGUGGCCCAGGGUACUCAGCUCCUGAUUCAUACUGUGGACGAGACCAUCAAUGCGACUUUCAUCUGCCUUGUCACCAACGCCCUAGGGACCAACCAGGCAAACGUGACCGUCCUGGUCAGAGAACGUCCUAGGGCGCAGUCACAAGAGCGCCCGUACUUGACGAUCUCUAUCAUCCUGGCCUUGGUAAUCUCGUUUGUCGUCCUGGUGGUGUUCCUGAUUUUUCUCUACCGGUGCAGAAAGUCCCGUCGGAACCAGUACAGUCCCACUGCUAAUGGGGUCAGCUAUACAGCUGUUGCCUGCAAUUCCCAGAGUCCAUCAACAGAGGGCGCCAGGUGACAGCGUGGGGCUGGAUGGUGAGAUUGGAGCUGGUGAGGACGUGGAUCUUCCAGCUGGACUUCCUCCCCUGCCUCUGUAGAGAGAGUCUCCCUCCAAAGACACUGGCCACCCUUCCCCCUGCCAGACCUCAAGGACGCCCUCUCUGCCUCACAACACGGUGACCUGGGUGGAGGGCAAGUUCAGGGGUCUACAAGACCAGCCUCAGGUUGAGUCAUUCACUACAAGGACUAUGGAACUCAGGAAAGCUGUUUACUCACGGAUAUAAUUUACUACACUGCAAGGAUGAGAUCAAGAGCAGCAAUGUGAAAAGGCCCAUCCCGGCACAAGCUUCUGGUGGUUCGGUCCUGGUGGAGUCAUGUGGACAGCACUCACUUCUCCUGGCGAUGACCUGUGCCCACACACACAGAGUGUUGCCAAGCAGGAAAGCGCACCUGAGCCUUGGUUUCCAGAGGUGUCAAUCAUGUAGACAUGACUGACCACCCAUGCAGCUGACCUUGGCACCAACAUAGAAAGAGUUGAAGAAAGAGUGCGUGCAUGAUCAAUCAUGUCUGACUCUUUGCGACCCCGUUGGCGUCCGUGGGAUACUCCAAGAAAGAAUUCUGGAGUGGGUUGCCGUUUCCUCUUCCAGGGGAUCUUUUUGGCUCAGGGAUUGAACCUGUGUCUCUUGCAUCUCCUGCAUUAGCAGGCAAUUUGUUUACCACUGCGCCCCCUGGGAAGCCUGGCACCAACAUAGGUCAAGCCAUUAUUGUGUGGCCUAAUUCCCCCACCAUGAAUCACACCAUCAGCAUAGAUAGCCCACAGCCCCAGGUAAACAAAGCCUUCUGUCAGCCAGGACAUUCCAAAGAAGGGCUAAGAGGUUACUUCACAGGAACCAGGGGCGCAAAGGGCCAUGUCUUUUUUUGAACAGGUUAAUCCUUUCCUGAAUAGUAGGGCCACACAGAAUGUUGCAACUACCAGAGGUUUUUUUGGUAAGAAUUUGACUUCCGGCCUUGAGCUUCUAAAUCUCUGACUUAGUUGAAUCUUGGUGGCUUACAAGAAAUAGUCACUGAGCCUUGUCAUCAGAAGAGAACCAGAGGCCAGAACUCAGCUGCCCCGGGACUGUCCAAGGAGCAGGAGCAAGUGGUGGCCCUGAACUGAUGUGGUCCCCGGAGAGCAUCUGUGGCCAGCGUGCUGGGGUUAACAAGACCUUGGUCAUCCACCAAGGAAAGCAAGAAGUUGUUUCCAAAACAAGAAGGAAAAAAUAGAUGCUGAAGAAUCAGAAGCUACAGCUGUGCAGCAGUCUGCCCUCAGACCUGGAUGGACAUGGCCCAAGCCCCAGGACAAAGAGCUUCUCUGAUACACUGACAUGUUUAUUUUAUAACUUUCUGUGAUCUUGGGGUCAGGCACCAGAAUUCCUCUGUCUGUGUAUCAUAUCAGGCAGAUAGAGACCUUGGGCCAGAAUGCUAAACCGGAGAGCAGGGCAUGCGCCACUCUGCAAGAGAAAGUGAGAAGGACAUGUGGGCUUCUGUCUGGGCAGAUGGGAGAAUACAAAACAGAGAAGGGUGGGGAAGAGAUGGAAGCCAGCCAAACAGGAGGGGUGGGGGCAUGACAAGGCCAGUGGGGCUCCACAGUGCAGGAACAUCAAAGGAGACUGAUUACCUAGCUGCCACAUAAUCCCCUUGACUGUUCCCAGUCCCCAAACACCUUAUUAAAGUUAACUUGUUACACCUCGAGUGGCUGUGUGCAUGGG